AUGUUGGAUGGGCAAGGAGGCAUGGCUGAGCCAAAUAGGAAUCCUGACUUAAUGAAGUGGUGAUUUUAAAGAGCUCAGCCAUGUCCUUCUUGUCAGUAACAACCACAUCAACUUUAAGGGACAUGGGCAGCUGUGAAGAGGCGUGUUUAUUCUCCAGAUCUUUAACCAUUUUCCAGAACUUCUUGGUGCUAGACCCACAGAGAGAGAACUGCUCCUUAAAGUAACUAACUUUUGCCUUCCGGAUAGCCUGAGUGCACUUAUUUCUCAUUUGCCUGAACGAGAGCCAGUCUGCCUGAGUAUGCAUGUGCCAAGCCUUUCAUCAAAUGCAAUUCUUGAGGUGGAUCAAGAAUUACUGCCAGAUCACGGUCGAACCAGGGGCUGAACCUGUUUUUAAUUUAAAAAUUCUUUAUGGGGCGUGUUUGUUAACAAUAUCACUGAAGAUAUCAAGCUAAUUCUAUACCAAUUUACAGAGGUCAUGAAGGAAGGCUUGCUUAUGAAAGUUUCUUUAGCAAGUGUCUAUGACAAAUCAGGGCAGGACGUUUCACUGAGCAGCCAUUACACAAACAGGCUGUAAAACAGUGAUCACUAAGGUCAUUACAGAAAACACCAGACUAGUUAUCCUCACAAAUAAUCAUGAGAGGAGAGUAGCAUUUUCUGGGUGUUUGGAGUCACCUUGUGGGAUUGGUAAUAAUCUGAGAAAGAUUUAGGGAGUCCCAUUGCUUUAAGACUUGGUCAGGUAGUUUAAUUAAGCAUGUCCCAGUUUAGGUCACCUAGCAGGACAAAUUCAGACUUAGUGUGUGGGGCCAGGAGAGAGCUUAGGGCAGGUAGGGUACAGGCCGGUGCUGAUGAAGGAUGAUAACACCUCGCAACAGUCAACGAAGAGAUAAUGCUUAAAACCAGCAAAUAAAAUUGUUUGUGGACAGACUUGGUGGAGACAUCAGAGCACUGACGGUGAUCCUUGUUUACCAUACCGUGGGACAGACUUUUUAGCCAACUAGAUAUUAGCCAGCCUAGCCAACAAUCACGGUUAUGGUCGGCAAGCCAGGGCCCAAUAACUGGAGACCAGCUAGAACACAACUAAAACAUAACCACAGAACACAAGCAAAGAGAGAGCAGAGACUUACAGAUUGUUGGUUGGGGCCCAUCCAAUAGUGAAAGAGGGCAGGCUGAGUUGGCUACCAAAGCCAGGGGAGGCAGGUGCUUCACCGGGCCGAGGGAGAGUCGGUGAGGGAAAUCCAAUAGCUAUAUAGUGAGAGAGAACCAAAAUAGAUGGAUUCCAGAUGUCAGUCAAAUAGGGCACUAGCACUAAGCCAAUGUGGGAAAGGUUACAGAACUCCCAUAGCCUACUUCAAAGAGAACAUGCCAAAAAGUUGACAAAACAAAAUAGAGAAAAGACAAGGUACUACACAAUUAGCGCAAGAAGGCACAAGAGCCUGCCGUGCUAAUGAGUUCCCACUAGAUAACACAGCCACAAAGUCUGUGAAGCGCUUGAGCUAGCUACAGAGUUAGCAUAUGAACUCGGGAGCACAGAGUAGAUUCUCCAUAUGGUGUAUAGUGCAAACUCAUGCUUCCUACCCUUUUUAAGACUGUAAAAUCACCAGGAAAUCAGAUCAGUGAUUUUAAUUUAGGAAAUCUGUUCCCAAUGUAAGCAUGUUUGAAAUCAUUGUUUUUGUCAUACUAUAUCUGUUUGGGCUACUUGCAGUCAACUUGCAGUGUACAAAUGAUUUAUGAUGUUCCGACCCUCCGCUCAAGACCCCCGGUCUAGCCUCUAACCAUUUACUGUAGUAUAAAAACAGGUAUGCUUCCUAGGCCAUCUCUAUUCAACCACUCCGCUAAAUGGCUCCAACAAGACAAAAGGUUAGACCAAAAAAUAAAUGGCGACCUCAUUACAGUUAUGCAACACUAAUCUCAUUAAAACUGGCAGCACACGUUUUCCUACCCAUGGUGACUGAGGAGGAGAUCAGAAGGGUUGAGUUAUUUUAGGUUCUGUCAUGUCUGUAAAAUCAGGUCAUGGUGAGAGAAGCCCUUGUACCUCUCAGCUAAUAGUACACUGAUAUAUUAAUGUCUAGAGUGUGGAUGAGGGGGUUUCAUCUAAAUUAACCCACUAUUCCCGAGGAUUUAACAUUAAAUUAUUUUAUUGGUUUGACUCCACCAGUGGGUUAAACUUAUCCAAUGAUGAUGGGUAUAAAGUAUAAACCAAAAUAGCUUAAUUUGGGUUCUCCCUUAAAGCUAGAAUCCCAAGUUGCUAUAUCCAUUGUGGACUUUGGUUCUUGAAGAUUUUAACUUAAAUGUCUCAUGAGCUUAGUUCAACUGUCGUACCUUAUCAGAACCCAAAAUAUAAGAUUGUUAUACGCCAAUGUUUGUAAACAAAGUAAAUGUAAACAAAUACUGUUGCCUCCAAAACAUGGUCAAAACUAUAAUUGUGAUAUCAUAGAUGGUCAGUUCUUGCAUACAUAGCUCUCACUUUGAAUAUUUCUCCAGGUUCAUCCCUCAGCUGUUUACCGAAACACAGACCGGUUGACCACUUUAUUUCAAUUAAGGAGUCCAGCUUUAAGAAUGCACACAGUUAGUUUUUUCAUUGUCUCAUAUUUCUUGUGUUUUCUUACCUAUAUUAUUAGUUUUAUUACUGCAUUGAUGAUAAAGAGCUUGCAAGUAAGCAUUUCACUGUACUGUUUUACACCUGCUGUAUCCUGUGCAAGUGACAAUCUUUGAAACAAGCACACGCUCAGAAACACUCUGAAAAUGAGGGGGCCAGGCUAUUUUGCUGUUCCCCUUACAUCUCCCUCCUGUCCAUGGACAGGAGUUCAAGGGGCAUUGGGGUCCAGACCCCCUGCUUCCCAAAUGUUUUAAUUUUAGUCUACCUGGCUACCUAGCCUCUGUCAUGCUCCCAUCCUUCAUUUGAUAAUUGCCUGGAGCAGUCAUGUGAUUGUCUCAUUCAACGCUGAUGUUUAAAUGUAGGCCCGUAGAUAGGCCUGGCCUGCUGUGCUGUCAAUGCAGUAUUUUUAUGGAGAAGAACAGAUUUUAGGUCUACAGUAUAAUUGAGUAGGCCUAGAUACCAAUUAUUGAAACGGUUUCCUUCGUCUCCUUUCUUUUAGCUUUUGUCCUCUAGGGAGAUGGUAAGUAAAGUAAGUAUAGCCAACUGAAAACACAGAUACAAUCAUGUUCUUUCUCAGUUGAGUCAGAAACAUAAUGUCCACUCCACCGGUGUUUCCAGCUAUUUUUAACCUUAUGUUUGGGAAACCCCUACUCUCUGAUGCCACAUACCGUAUGUACAUUCUACAUAGUGUACAUGUAGAAUACUCGUGCUGAAUGGGGCCCUGAAGCAUUCCAGUGUAUGUGCUCUAUGAGCAGCAGACUGAGUCAGCUUAUUGAAUCACAUUCCACUCAGUUGAGUCUCUCCUCUAUCACACAGAUUAACUAAGGACAAGCCACACUAAUCUCAUUUAAUUUGGUCAUUUGUGGUGUUUGUGUGCCAUAUCUCUAUGCGAGUGGUUGUAUGCCAUGUGUGUGACCCUCACGGGACAGUUAUAAUAAGCCAUUGUGGCAGCCAAAUGAGCAGUGUGGGGAUGAAGAGAGGAGACUGGGUUUGACACUGGUCUAUUCAGGAAUGCUCGGUAGCUCGCAGAAUCCCCAUCUCUCGAAAACUCUCUCACUCACACACAGAACAGUCCAGUCUCUUACACACCGAGCAAUCCAGUCUCAUCCGCGUGCUCCGGAACAUUCUUUCACGUCAAUACAUCAGUUUCAGAAGAGUCCAAUCUCUCUCAGGAGAAAUAACCCCUGGAGAAGGAGAGAGAAACAGAGGAGAGGCGAGAGAGUGCUCCAUGGAGACAGCCUGGACACUGGGUCGAGCGUGAGUCAAAAAGCAAGAUUUUAAAAAGAGGGUGUGUGUGAUUCUUCUCCAUCGACUCUACGUUUUCUUUGUGAGUAACUGUCUAUCAUCUCUCAACUCAAUCGGAAAAACUGAGUGUUCGACUGAGAAUUUUCUGGACCAUAUUUAAGAGAGCUCUAAGAAAUAGUUGUAAGAUGUGAAGAUAUGUGUUCACAUCUGAAAGGUGUCUGUAGGUUAAAAAAAAAUGUUUCAGAUGAGAAUAAGUAAUAACUCCAGAAUCAAAACUGCAGCUAGAGGUCAGCAAAUGGUGGCAAAUAAAUACUGUGCUCUUCCUCCCUGCUUUUCUCUCUCUCUCUCUCUCUGGAGAAGUUUAUGGUGUGUAAACAUGAUCCUGCACUAGAACACUGUGUCCUGGGUAUUGAGUAACUCGCCAACCCUUGCACCCCUGCACUCCAAACCUCUGUGUGUCUGUGUGUGUGUGUGUGUGUGUGUGUGUGUGUGUGUGUAUGGGGGGCGCGACUCAAGUGUGUUACUGUCCACCUUCCACUCCCCUGUGUGUUUUCCAAGUAUCCGGAUACAUCAGUCUGUCAGCUCCACCUGACAUAUGACAAGCCAUGGUGAUGACCUCAUAUCCUCCCCUCCCCCUUCCUUUCCUUUCUCUCCCUUCCCUUGUCCUCCCAUCAGUCUCACACAGACUGUGUAUAAACAGUUACGCUGUCAUUAGCUGGAAUGUCCCACUGACACAGAAACAGAGGGAGGGACUGAGACAGAGGGGGAGAGAGACUGAGUACGACAAACUGAAAGCAGCAGAGAACUAAAGUGGAAGCACUCGGAUUGUCCGAAAAACGACUGAGGGGGGAAAAAAUCAGAAGAAACUGAAGUACAAGGAGGAGAAAGACAGUGAAGGAGUCAUCAAAACAGCGAGAGGAAUAGAGCUAGAGAGUAUUGCUGCUGUUCUCCGACACCUAGACAAAACAGUGCUGCUCUCGCUCACAAAAUGGCUUCCAAGGAACGCAGAGGAUGAGUCGGAGCCUAACUCACGAGGGAGUGUCUGCCUGUCUGUCGUCCUGUGAAUGUGCUAGCCUUAAUCUGUGGGCAUUGUUUUGGUAAAUGGAGCAAAAUAAUGUAUCGCUGUUGACUCAUCCACCUAAGAGCAUAUUGCAUGCCACAUAUACAAGUGGUGACAGAUGAUUUAUUUAGUCUGAUUCAGACAUGGUCUUUCAUGUGAGAGCCUGAGAGAGACAGUCUCUGCUGACUGCAGGGUAACAUGACAGGACUCAUGUUUUACUGUGUGUGUGCGCAUGAUUAUGUGCGCACACUGUAUGUGUGCAGUGUUUUGUAUUUCUCUAAUAUGUUGCCUCCUUGUCCUCAGUGUGUCUGAUGGGCAGCAGUAGCAGCAGCAGGCUGUUUGGUACCCUGGCCCAGACCCUGAACAGUGCUCCACUGGCCCAGCAGGACUACGACCCAGAGCACCAGGACUCAGACCAGGACCCGGAGGGCCUGGAGCAGGCCGACCCAGACCAGCUGCUCAGGGAGUGCGAGAAGAUCCUCCAGAACCGGCCGGCCCGGCCACACAGGGACCUGGUCUACCCUGUAGACCCUAAACACCAGCACCAAUACAGGAACAAUGAGCAACAGCAAACACCAUCUAUACGGGUCAUGACAUGGAACAUCCUAGCUCAAGCUCUAGGGGAGGGUAAGGAUGGCUUUGUGCAAUGUCCUCUGGAUGCUCUGAACUGGGCUGAGAGGAAGUACCUGAUCCUGGAAGAGAUCCUCACCUACCGCCCUGACAUCCUGUGUCUCCAGGAAGUGGACCACUACUACGACACCUUCCAGCCCAUCUUGGCCAGCCUGGGCUACCACAGCACAUUCCUUCCCAAGCCCUGGUCCCCCUGCCUGGAAGUGGCCAGCAACAACGGCCCUGAUGGCUGUGCGCUCUUCUACCGCCGUGCCCGCUUCAGCCUCCUCCACACCUCCCACCUGCGCCUCUCUGCCAUGAUGCUGCCUACCAAUCAGGUGGCCAUCGUGCAGACGCUGCGUUGCCGGGAGACGGGUCAGAGGCUGUGCGUGGCUGUGACCCACCUGAAGGCGAGGAGUGGCUGGGAGAGGCUGAGGGGGGCCCAAGGGGCUGACCUACUGCAGAGCCUAAAGGCUAUCACCUCGAGGGCGGCUGGGUCAGACCCAGUCAGUAGGGGACCUGGGGGAGGGAGUGGGACAGAGGGGGUGCCUCUGCUAGUGUGUGGGGACUUUAACGCUGAGCCCUCAGAGGACGUGUACAGGCGUUUUAUUUCCUCCCCCCUGGGUCUGGACUCCGCCUAUAAGCUGCUGAGUGCAGAUGGGCAGACGGAGCCGGCCUACACUACCUGGAAGAUCCGUCCCUCAGGGGAGAGCUGCAGUACCCUGGACUACAUCUGGUACUCUCACGGUGCUUUCACUGUGGACACCCUGCUGGACAUACCCACUGAGGAACAGAUAGGACCUGACCGCCUGCCCUCAUACCACUACCCCUCCGACCACCUCUCACUGCUCUGUGAUGUCAGCUUCAGGGAGCCACGGGAUCAACCUCAUAGGCUGAUGUAGGUUGCCUAUCCGAGGCUUCGUGCAAUAGGGUCCCAGUUCUGGACAGUCCUGGAAGAAUCGACUGGAUCAAACAACAUGUGGGAGUGUGAUACUGGAGAAGUGAAUGCUUAUUUUACUUGAACUGGUGCUGAAAUUUGAUUCUGCAGACUUGACACCAGAGAGUAGUUAUUUAUUUUUUAAACCAGUACUUGUUUUCUGUCAAGUGAGAUGUUAUCCCUCAUGAUCGUUUUUCUUCAUAUGAGGUGUAUAACUGGUUUAAAGUAAUUGGAGAAUAGGAUCCUAUCAAUACUGUAACUGCUAUUAUUUUCAGUGCUGUGGCAACAAGAAUGCCAAUGAGCAUGUCAAAAUAAAAUACUUACAUUCUGA